AUGGGGGGUGGGCGGGAGAGGGGACGGGGCGAUUGGCGGGAGGGGGAGGGGGACGGGGAGCGAAACUGGCGGAGGGAGGGAUCGGGGCGGUGGGAUGCGGACGAGGCGGGGGAGCGAGGGGGCGGGGGGAGGGAAUCCGGGGCGCGGGAUGGGUUUAGUAGGUUUGAGCAGGAUAGGCGGGGGGGUGACCAGAGGGGUUCCUUCUCUCGAGAUGGUGGCUCUCGAUAUAGUGACAGGGGGCGUGGUCGUGACGAGGUGCCACGUGGCGCUCGUCGUGACUAUAACGAGGGUUCCACCAGCGGGUUCAGGAACCGCGGAGGCCUCAGAGAGAGAAGAGACGACGCGGGGAGAGGCGACGGGUCGAGGUUUAGGGAAGGGUUUAAGCAGGGUUCAAGGAAUGGAGAGCAGUGGGAGAGUGAGGGACGCAGGGAGUACGAUUCCCGAGGAUAUUCAGGAGGGUUUAAGCGAGAGGAUCAGGCUGGAGAGGAAUGGGAGGAUCUGGAGUCAAGAAUGAGGAGGGAGUCGUUUUCAGGGAGGCGAGUGGGAGCAGCAGCGGCUGGUGGAGGCUCUGGGACGAGAGGGGAGGAGAGGGGGGGGACGAGAAGAGCACGUGAUCGAGACGCGGUGAGGGAGGGAGUGAGAGGCGGUGUGGAAGGCAAAGAAGAGGAGGGCGCGUGGCAGGACCCGCCGUUGCAUGUGGGCGAGGUGGCGAGCGUGAGUAACGCGUUUGUGAAGCGCGCCGUGCGGCUGAGGCAGAGCAGCGCAGCGCGGAGGGCGUGGGGGCGCGUGCUGGUGGCGGGCGAGGUGCCCGUGCAGGAGAUCUGCGCGCCCUGGCUGCAGGCGCAGGAGGGAGGGGAGGGGGAGGCGGCGCGGGAGGGGCGCCGAGAGGCGGAGAGGGAAGGCAGGGGGGAGACGCAGGGGGAGGCGCAGGGAGAGACGCAGGGGGAGGCGCAGGGAGAGACGCAGGGGGAGGCGCAGGGGCAGGGGGGUCUGGGCCCCAUCGGCCGUGGGCAGUGUCCUCUGGACAUCCUACUCGUGCAAUCCGAGUCCCCUUUGCCCCCGCCCCCUGGGCUGGUGCGUGUGGCUCGGCGCGUGCUGUACGUGUCCCCUGCUGUGAUGAGCCGCCUGGCAGGCGUGCAGAGCGUGGGCGCUGCUGCUGUCGCUGCUGUCAUGCUGCUGCCCGCCUCGUUCAAAGUGCUGGAGAGUGGUGGGGAUGGUGGGGGUGAUGGUGGUGGUUAUGGUGGUGAGGAGGAGGGAGACGAGGUGGGGGAGGAGGAGAGGGGGGGCUGGGACGGGAAGGGUUACGGGGAAGGGGAGGAGAGAGGUGGAGUGGAGGGGUUCGUGGGAAGGGCUGUGGAGGGACGGGUUGAAGAGGAAGGGGGGUUGGGGGAGGAAAAGGGGAGCUUAGGGGGAGGAGUGGGGAGGGAAGGGGCAGAAGGGGAGCACAGCAUAGGCAGGCGGUGGUUUGAAAGGGAGGGGGGCGGAAGAGGAUGGGGAGCUGGCAUGUCGCGAGUGCUUGUGCUGGAUGGCGUGCAGGACCCAGGCAAUCUGGGCACAUUGCUGCGCACGGCCCUGGCGUUUGACUGGCACGGCGUGUUUCUCCUGCCCGGAUGUUGCGACCCGUUUAACGACAAGGCAGUGAGGGCGUCAAGGGGAGUGUUGUUUCGCCUGCCUGUGGCUGUCGUGUUGGGCAGUGAGGGGCAGGGUCUAUCAGCCACAGCACUGCGCCUGUGCCAGCCAAUGGCCAUUCCCAUGCCGGGGGGGGCAGAGUCUCUCAAUGUGGCAGUUGCAGGAGGCAUCCUGCUCUUCCUGCUCGGCCCGCACUCCCCGCUACCUCCUUCCCGUCUCUCUACGAGUCCGCCUUCGCUCCCGGUUUCUGUUUAG